GUCAGCGGAGCAAGCCCGCAGAGUCCGCGAGCGCUUUAAUCCCCACAUCGAGCAGAAAGGCGCGGCGUUGAGAACGCAACGGGGCGCGCGCCGCGCCGAUGCCACGGUCGCUGCCAUCUCGCGCGACGCAAACGUGACUUCAUUGGAAGCACUCGCAGGAAGGGCAAAUCGCGCCGACCUGGAGUGCGCGCGUUUCUUCGUGGAGGAAGCUCUGCGCGCUGCGCCGGCUGCGCCCCGGCGCGAAGACCGCGCGUCGCCAUCGCAGGGGGCGCCAGUAAUUGGCCGGCCACCGGCUUCGGGCAACGGCUUGCCGCGCGAGUUUGUUGAACUGGUCGAAAUCGCUGAUCUCGAGAAGGGCGCCCCGCGCUGGCACGCCGGCGCGAUCGCUG